AUGUCCUCGCUGCAGGCCCCUAGGCGAUCAGUCAUCCAGAGCAGGGCUGCCGCCGAGCCACCCCAACGCCCCUCCGGGAGCCAGCUGGCCCUUCCCAGCCCACAAAGCAGUGGGCAGCAGUCCACCUUCAGAGGACGCCCUUUCCAAGAGGCCACGAGCAGUCCCAAAGGCAUCCUCCACAGCAUUGCCACCGGCAAACCUUGGUACAGCCUGCCGGCCGGAGCGCCCACCACAAGCAGCGCACCCACCACAGGCAGCGCACCCACGAGGAAGGCCCAGGGCUCAGCCACCCGAGCCCACACCCAGGGGCACCAGAAGGCACGAGCCAAGAGGAAGCACCCGGAGUGCAGAGAGGCCGAGGCCCCGGGGCUCCAGCAACCACGUUUCAGCGAUGCGUGGAACAGUUACCCCCGAGAGCAGCCCUACCAGUGCCCAGAGUGUGGGCAGGCCUUCAUCCACAGCGCUGACCUCGCCACCCACUGGCAGAACCAUAGCCGCCAGCAUUCGGUCAUCCGCAACCUGGACCAGGGCGCCCAGAGCAACCAGGCCGCCAGGGAGCGUGGCCGCCCUGCCACUGAAGCCUUCGCCCACCACUCGGCUGCCCACCACUCGGCCGUGUCCAGCUGGGACCCACUCCGCAGCCAAUGGGCGCUCGGCAGCCCCGCUGUCCCGCAGGUGUCCAUCAACGAGCAGCUCGCAGAGGGCGCUGCCUACACUGGGUACGUGCUCGGAGACCAUCAGGAGGUCCACGGCCGUGACUACCUCCUGGACAACGGUGCCUGCGCCCCCUCGAGCAGCCAGACCCGCUCCUUCCGCGAGGCCCCACCAAGAGGCAACGGUGAAGCCUUCAGCAGCAGCGGCUACUUCUUGGAGCCCCCGAAGCAGCACCGGCAGGAGCCCACCUUCCCAGGCGGAAUGGCCAUGGCGGGCGGACCCGCCUUCCAGGGAGGGAUGUCCACCGGGGCGACUGCUGGCCUGGGUCCCGACCCCCAGCCCAAGAGAUGGUGCGUCGGCCCGACAGACAGAGUGUCCCCCGCACCCCACUGCAGGGUGUGCGGCCAGGAUUUCAUGCACGAAGAGGCCCUGAGCGCGCACUUGGAGGUCCACACCACCGAGGGCUGCGCGCUGGCCGCCCUGGGCCUGGCCCUCACGCAGCUGCAGCACAGCCAGUCGUCCGAGGAGUGCAGUGUCCAGUGCCCGCCCUGCGCCCCGUGCGCCCCUUGCAUCCCUUGCGCCCCCUGCAUCCCCUGCGCCCCGUGCGCCCCAUGUGCCCCGUGUGAUGAGGUCUUCCUCUGCGAGCCCGAGGUCCACGAUCAGGCCUGGGGCCAGGGCCGAGGCCGUGGCCACCUUCACAGUCGUGGCCGCGGUCGCAGUCGCGGUCGCGGUCGUGGUCGCGGUGCACCGCCACCCUACGCCUACGGGGGUGCCUUCAUGCACAACGCCUUCCCCCGGCCAGGGCCGCACUCCCGCUUCUUCGAGUGCUCGGACUGCGGCCAGUCCUUCGGCCACAGCAGCGCCCUGCUCACACACCAGCAGCUGCACCGCGAGCAGGCCGCCGGGGUCAGCGGAGCGCCCACCGCCCCGGCCACGCUGUGGUUCCCCGGCCCCUGCGUGCAGCCCACUGCCAUCCCCGCAGCCGCAGCCGCAGCCGCAGCCGCAGCCGCAGCCGCUGCCCCGGAAGCACAGGCCGCCCCACCGGAAGCACGGGCCGACCCGCCGGAAGUGCACCUCGGAGGGCGGGAGGAAGAGGUCGUCGAGCCGGAAGUGCAGGUGGAAGGGCGGGAGGAAGUGGUGGUGGACUUGCACAUGGAGGCGGAGGACGCGGAGCCGGACAGCGCGGGCCUGGAAGAGCCAGACAGCAGCGUGGGGGACCCCGAUGAGGCCGACGAGCCGGACAGCACGGGCCUCGAGGACUCCGAGGAGGAGGAGGAGGAGGAGGAGGAAGAGAGGCCGAUCCCUGCCAGGAUGCACUUCGGCGAGGAUGUCGGUGACAGCCUGGUGUCCAGCGCCACCCAUCCCCGCGUGAUCGUCAUGGAGGUGCCCAGUGUCCCGGCAGUGUGGCCCGCGGAGCACCUGGCCUCUAGUGCGGCUGCCACCAUUGCCGUCGCUGACAGCAGUGUCGGCCCUGCAGAGGGGCUCUUCCCGUGUCUCUUCUGUCCACUGAUCUUCGCUGACCCCCUGGACCUCAUCCUGCACCAGGGCGAUCACAACCUCUGA